AUGUUAUCACCAUUGUCAUCAAACAAUGACGAUAAUGAUUCAGAUCUCAUUGAUUUAUUAUAUAAUUUAUGCAAAGAAAAUGAAAUAGAAAAAGUUCGAAGUCUUUUACCAUUUAUUGGCAAUAUAAAUAUUAUAAAUAAAAUUCAAAAUUCAACUGGUUCAACAUGUUUACAUGUGGCUUGUUAUUAUGGACAUCGACAUAUGGUAGAAAUUUUAUUAGAAUAUGGGGCUCUACAUUCUAUAAGAAACUUACGACACAAUUUAACACCUUAUGAAGAAGCUCAAACAGAUGAUAUAAAACAAUUGUUUUUAGAACAUCGGAAAUUAUUUUCAAAUAAUGAUUAUCAUUAUAUUGAAUGGUCAGUAGUAGGCGAUGAUCUUCUUGGAAAACGACGUGAAUUCCGCGAAGCUAUUGAUUUGUACAAAACCUAUGAUAAUCAUCGUUUAAUAUCAAAAUUAUUAGCUGAAGUUAUUCAUUAUUAUUUAAAUGAAUAUUUGGUAACUCAAAUUUUAAAUAAAAAUUUAGCUCUGUAUAUAUUAGAAUAUGUUGAUAAAAAAAAAACGUUUUCGUCAAAUUAUCGUCUUGUAAAUUGUCUUAUUCACAUUGUUACACUUUUAAUUUACCAUCCAAAUCUACCUCAAUAUCGAUAUCAAGGUGUAUGUUAUUAUGGUAUGAAAAUAACACAAAAUGAUUUAGAUCAAUAUCAAGUAGAUCAACACAUAUUAAACCGUGCAUUUUUACCAACAUCUAUUGAUCGUCAAGUAGCUGAAAUGUUUGCUAGUGAAGGUCAACAAUCUCAAAUGAGAUAUACUCCUCAAGAUCAUUGUGCAUUACAAUAUUCAUGUUUAUGUCAAUAUUUAAUAAAACAAAAGUCAACAGCUAUUAAUAUAGAAAGUUUAUCAACGAGACCAGAUGAAAAAGAAAUUUUAAUUAUUCCAUUUACUGUCUUCAAAGUGAUAACAAUUAAACGAAAUUAUCUUGAUGAUUCAACAGCAUCAAUUUCAAUUGAAAUUCAAUUAGAAGAAUGUGAAGAUCCAGACGAUAAUAAAAAUGAGCCAGAAAGUUGUCCCAAUAUAUUUAAUCGAUCUAGCUGGAAUGCACGUCCGUAUAUAAGUCGUGAAAGUUUAACAACAUUACCGGCCACACAUAUUGUUAUAAGACAAUUAACAGAUUUGCCAUCAAUUAUCAAUCAGCAAGAUUGUAUUAAAACAAUACAAGACCUUCAAGAUUUUCAAAUAGAUAAAAGAGGUUGGGCUGAUAUUGGUUAUAGUUUUCUCAUAUGUAAUGAUAAUGAUGACCAACAGCAAAUUUAUAGAGGUAGAGGAUGGACAUAUGUUGGUGCACAUUGUGUUGAUUAUAAUUUUAAAUCCUUGGGUAUUCGUACUAUGGGCAAUUAUACCAGUAUAAAAUCUUUAAACACAUUUAAAUCAUUAAUUCAAUGUGGUAUUACAAAAAAUGUUAUUGUAAAAAAUUUUACACUGGUUGGAGAUUCAUAUUCAAGAGAUACUUAG